GACUGGGUAGUGAGAGUAAACAUGAAGGGUCCCUGUGAGGAGGUUCAGAAGAAUGAAGAUCAAGAGGGAGAAGCUGCAGCCACUGGGCCUCAGGCAGAGACCCUGGAGGCCAAGAGGUCCUGGACUGCAGAUUCACACUCUACUCUGGAAACAGAAGGCACCCAUGGGUUUGGAGAACGGGUCAUGGCUACCCUCUAUCUGGAGUCUUGCCAGGCCAAUAGUGUUGUGCCAGUUUCUUGUCUUCUGCGCCAAGGGAGUGCCUCUGAAUUGAACCUUCCUCACCGUGGCCUGGGGCCCCAGGGGGUCCGGGCUUUGGCUUCCGUGUUGACCUCUAAUAUCUACAUCAAACGUCUGGAUCUUCGGGACAAUGGGCUCUGUGGUGCUGGAGCAGAGGCUCUGGCUGAUGUCCUUCGUAAGAACAGCAUUAUCUCUGAUGUGGACCUGUCAGAGAAUCAGAUUGGAGCUGCAGGACUCCAGGCGAUCUGCACUGCCCUUGCCUUAAACCCAACUGUUCAGAAGAUGCAGCUGCAAGGGAACAGGCUGGAGGAACAGGCAGCCCAGCACCUCGCUGCUCUUCUGCUGCGUCACACGGGCCUGAAAUCUCUAGACCUCAGCUAUAAUCAGCUCAAUGACCUGGCAGGAGAGAUACUUGGACCUGCCGUGGCAGAAAACACAGGACUCACAGAGCUUAACCUGAGUUGGAAUCACCUUCGAGGCCUGGGAGCCAUUGCAUUUGCCAGAGGCCUGGAGGCAAAUAUAUUCUUGAAGGUCCUAGACAUCUCUCAUAAUGGCUUUGGAGACUCUGGCGCCUGUGCAAUAGGUGAGGCCCUCAGGGUCAACAAUGUCUUAGAAGAACUAAAUAUGAGAAACAACCGAAUCUCCAUGUCAGGAGCCCUAAAGUUGGGGUUGGGUCUGCAAGUCAACCAGACGCUGCGGAUUCUUAUUAUUUCCAAGAAUCCUAUUCGCAGUGACGGCUGUGUUGGCAUCCUUAUGUCUGUACGGAGCAACAAAUCAUCUGCCCUAGAACUGCUGGAUGUGUCGGAUAUCCAAGUAAGCAGAGAGUGUGACGACCUCGCUAGCUCCAUGAACGAAAUUCUUCCAGGACUCUGUAUAAAGCAUUACACUUCCAGAAGAAAAGACUGGCCACAAGCUUCUACAGCAUCCCAGCCGGCAUCUGUACCAAGUGACGCUGGUCUCAUCUCUAAGAUGCUAGUUUAACAUUCACAUUGCUGGCCAUUUAAUACACAACAUGUGUAUCUUCCUUUCUGCUUGCUGGUGUCUUCCAUAAUCUGGCUUAAUUUGCUGUGGUUCAUUCAUUCAACCAAAAAUCUACCCAUGAACAACACUGAACACAAGAUCUACUACCGGUUAUGUCAUUCAGAUGUUAAUGUUCUGGUGACUCUGUUCAACAAAACAUAAAGGAGAUAUGCAAAUGGUUCCCGAGCUCUUUAGCAAGAAGACAAAAGGUCACAACCCAUUGGAAGGCAUCUGACAAUUACAUUCUAAAUUAUAAAAUCAACCACGUGCUUCCAGUUUCCAUCUGCACCCCGGAGCUAACCCUGUGUGCCACAGCUCUUCAUACCCAAAUUCCUUCCGGAGAGAACUGGGCUCACAAGAGUGCUGACACACAGGCUUACGGGAGAGACAAGCCACAGUGAGAGACAGCAAAACCAGCUAACACCACAGAUAA